AUUAGCACAUUUGUUAACAUAUUGUUGUUGCACUAUAAUUAUUAAAUUUAAGACUAUUACUUUAAGAAAUGUAAAUUGAACUCAAUUCGCAGAAUAAUUUCUUAUUUUUUAUAUUCCGUAAUCGCAAAUAAUUUGAUCAUAACAAAUUUAUUAAUAGUGAAUAGUUUCUUUCAUAUAUUUAUUUUUGUGUGAUGUCAUUUGUAAUAAAAUGUUCCAAUAAAAUUUUAAUGAUUCAAGAAAGAAUGAUAUAUUAUGGAGGUUUGAAGUCAAACUUUGAUACAAAAUCAAUCUUCUUAAUAUAAUAUAAUAAUGCUUGUUUGUACACCCUCUGUACGCUGGGGUAUUAUGCCUUACGCUUAAUCGAGCAGUUAAACUCAAUCUGAAAUGAGAUCCACGUGUUUGUGCGUUAGCAAAUGCACUAAUACGAAGUCGUCUAGUCGAUGUAUGAUGAUUCUGAUCUGUUGGUCCAUCUAUUCCUGGCAGUGCACAGUGUGGUGUUCGCCUCCGUCAAGUUCCUGUCUUGUCUUCUCACGCUGAUUAUCCUGAUCACUUUUUCUAGCUUUAUCAUUAAUUAUUGUCUUUGAUUAAUUGCAUUAUUAAUCUUUAAAAUAUGUUUACGCCACAAGAGAGAAAAAUGACGCGCUGUGAAGUUAUGUGUAUGUUUCUACGUACAAUUAAUGAGUGAUAUAAUUAACCAGAAAAAUAGCAAAUUUUUUUAAAUUAAUUAUUUAAAAUUAUUUUUAAUAUCUGAAAUCUUCGGUGAGUUAUACAGCAAACGUGCACUUUAAAAUUAAAUGAGUGAUGUACAGUUUGAAUUGCUAUGUGUUGUGAAUAAUGUGCUCCUUAGGAAAGUAAAUGUGUAUCGUCAUAACAAUGAUAAAUAUUUUACUGAUAUGAUUUGUAGGAUAUUAAAUAUUAAUUUUAAUAUAAAAGUGAAUUCUAUUUAAAUAUAAUUAACAAGUAAUAUAUAUCUCGCGUGUAUAUAUUUAAAAAUUAAAAUUAAACUGUAACAGAAAAUUGAGUCUUGAAAUCAAAAAGUUAUUAAAAAAAAAAGUAGUCAAAAUAAUAUAUAAUGUAUAUAAUUUCUUAUAGCUUAUUCAGUUUAACGCAGUUACAAGUUACAGCACCUCAGUAUUUGGAAUUUGCUGAAUCGUAAAAAUAAAUCACUACUUGAAAACAGGUUAAAAGCUUUCUUCUUCUGUUCGAUAGUCUCUUGAAAAAUUGGCAAAUUGUCAGGAAUUCAGUUUAAAAACGAAACGAAUUCGAAUACAGUAUUGUCACGUUUCUCAAUCUAUAAUAAUUUUUUUAUCUUUAUUAUAAAAUAAUCUUCUUAAAUCAAUGGUUUCUGUUAUUGUUUAAUUGCAAGAUAUAUUUUAUUAAAAAAAGUUUUAUAUAUCAAUAAAAUCUUUAUUGUAAAUCACUAUAACGUAAUUAAACACAUAAUGUAUGUAUUAUAAAUUAUUGUAUUAAUAUUCUGAAAAAUAAGUACAAUCAUUAUGACGAUAUACAAAUAACUGACGUUUUAAAUAAACUCAUCCAAAACUCGUCGAAAAAUAGAAUCAGUAUUAACGUAGGCGUAAGAAGUUGGGCCAUCUUAAAAUUGCAUAAUUCUACGAAAAUUAAAUGAGGACAAGGAAUACGAAGGACGAAAGUCUUCAUACAGUUAUAUAUUAUUACAUUUAUCAUACAACGGGUGUCUCGAUGUGCCUUGAUGACCAAUGAACUAAUUGUUAACGUAUCAACUUUCAUUGGACGCAAUUGUGCGAAUAUAUGAACGCAUUGUAGUUGUACGUGCCCUGUGGGUCACUUUAAACGGGAUACGACACAGUUCCUUUGUGUCCAGAUUCUCUGAUAAUUGUUUUCAUGUUAUUUACAACACACAAUCAUGAUGUUUAUUCCUGAGAAUCUCUUGCUCUGUCUUUACGUACAGUAAAACAAUAUUAAGGCGAAAAGAAUAAUAUAAUAAAAAAUUAAUAAAAAAUUAUUAAAUACUUUUGAGUAAAUUUUAUUUUUAUCAGUAUCUCACUAACAUUGAGACAUAAUGUAAAUUUAAUCUCAUUGUCAGAGUCAAUUGCUCUUGGCAACUAUAUUUGCCAGUGAAUAUUGUGAUAUUGAAGAUUGCCCUAAUUCCACUCUCAUCAAUGUAUAAAAUUCUUUAAUUCUUUAUUAGAAAUUAAAAAUCCUCAUACAAAUAGAAUAUAUAAUAAACAGAUUAAUAUUUUUAUUUAGCUAUUUACAAGAACUAUAAAUUUUAAUAACUUUGCAUGUAUUAUCUACAUUAAGCUUUCAAAAUGUUCAAAAUAUUGAUAAUAUUAUUUUAAAAAGUAUAUUAUAACAAGUUUAUAUUUAUUUAGAAAAUAUCUCGUUGAAAUCAGUGGUUUGGAAUCAUCUAUUUUAAGCAAACAUGUUACGACAUUACUUAUUCUGCUAUAAGAUUAAAAAACCGUUAAAGUAAUAACAUAAGAUGUGUCAUAUGAUAUAUUACAUAAUGGUAGAACUUAUUUAUUUCACAUUAAUUUAUUUUUCAUUAUUUGUUAUUAAUUUAAUUAUUAUUUAUUAUUACAUUUAUUAUCACAUUAAUUAUUUUUUAACUUGUUAAUAAUACAUAUAUUGAUGUAGCUAAUAACCUUCAAUAUUUACUAACAAUUUAAAAUUUAUCGGUGUGACUAAAAUUUAUCUGUUUCUUUAAAACACAUACAAGCAUAAAAACAAGUAUUAACAACUUGUUUUUACGCUGAUAAGUCAACAAUAAAUGAAUUAUCUAUGAAAACCUAAAACUAUCUUUAAAAAUUAUUUUUUAAUAUUCUAUAUGCUAGCAAAAUAAUUUAUUUGUAACAUGUAAUAAUGGUACGUAUGCACGAAAUAAAAUUACAAGGUUUGAUAUGAUAAGAAUUUUAAUAAUCUUAUCCUAAACUUGUCUUUCACUCUCAAUUAACAUAAUCGUGUAUGCUUAUAUCAUAGACUAUCACUCGUAUUGACUAGUUCCAUAACAUCACGAUUUAUACGUGCUAUGGUUGAUAGCAAUCGUUGAUUAUGCAUACGAAUGAUUGAAUAAGUGACGACUCGGUGUAUUGUCGAUAAGAAAGGUCGUGGUCAUUAUGGAAGUUCAUCUUUAGUCGACAAAGUGCGUUUAAUACCGCAACGAAAUUCGUCAAUUGUGCGUGCGAUAAAUCAGCAUCUUCUCUCUGUCGUUAGUAGUGUAUAAAAUGCUUUCAGAAAAUUAUCUUUCGCUUCGGCCAAAGAUAUUAAUAUUUCAUCACCACUUCCCUUAUUGAAUGUGAGGUCACAAGGGUCAGUGCGCAGAAUUUUUUAUUCUCACGCAAAGUCCGAAUGUGUUCGCAUGAGCAGGUUCAACGUCUAAUUGAAGCCAAGCUCGCUGGUGCAUGAACGUCAUUGUUCUUUCCGAACAACAUGAUCUUCUGUCUUACAUCUCCACGGGUCAUUGUCGUGACGUUCUAGAUUCCUUUUCGCUAAAGCUACUGUCCGUUAUCGUCGUCACAGCUGUUCGAAUCGUCUAAGAAAAUUGUGUCUCUUAAAAAUGUAUAAUCAAAUGUGAUUGUGUUCAAUGUGAGUGAUUAUUGAAUCCAAAAAGUGAAUAACUGUAUGAAAUUCAAUAUGGUGAACACAAAUAGGCGAAUCCACCCAUAGAGAUGACUACCUUCAAUCGUAUGAGAAACACUUUUUGUGGAGUGCCAAAAGCUGAAAUUGAACGUAGGACUAAUGCGCUUUUACAAUAUAUGACGAUUGAAGAGCUCUACACUGCGUUAGUGUAUAUGACCCAACAUCAAAUUGGUUUCGACGUUUCUAAAGAAUGUAGCCAAGAAACUCUUUUGAAUCACUUACAAAAUGCCUUCAAGAUUGAUAACAUGACACAUGAGAGAGUGUUGAAAGAAACCCAAAAUCUCGAGCCACCAGAACUACAUCUUAAUGUUGAAGUGAUCGAAGCUAAAGAAUUAGUUCCUAAAGAUUCUAAUGGCAAAAGUGAUCCUUUCUGCGCUCUUUAUCUUGAGUCAGCACCCACCAGAAGAUACAAUACUGCCGUAAAAACUUGUACAUUAACCCCAGUCUGGGAAGAACACUUUGAAUUGCCAUUGGAGGAUUUUGAAAAUGAUGUAUUAAAUCUUGAAGUAUGGGAUUUUGAUGCUGCCGAAACUGUGCCUGAAAAAAUGAGUAAAGUUAAAGAUAUUAAAGGUUUUCGUGGCUUAAUAAAAUUAGCCAAAGAAGUUGCAGUAACGGCUACAACUGGUAGUCAUAAUAACGAAUUUAUUGGUCGAUGUCGGAUAUCGUUGAAGGAUAUUCCAACAACUGGUCAUACCAUGUGGUACGCUCUAGAAAAGAAAAAUAAAACUAAACGUCGUGGCGUUGUAAAGCUCCGAUUGGCCUUCAGCGCGGAACAUAAUGCACAAGUGGCCGCACAAGAACAUCGACACCUGUUAAGAGUACUGUUGCUUCAUGAGAUUGAAACGGAAAAAAUCGAAAAGUAUUGUUGGUGUGGUCGUUGGUCAGGACCAGCCGAAGCUAUCAUUCUUCAACAUAGCGCGCAACGUGGUUUACUAGCCAGAAAUCUCGCUCUAGCACAAUGGGCCGAAUAUGCAAAAAUCCAUGAAGAGCAUCCAUUAAGUUUCACAAUUUUUAAUAAACUUAUAAUCGAUUUGCUUAGACCAAUGGAAAGCGGUCUCUUUUCCCCUGAUGAAACAAAACUCUUCUGGAAAGCCACAAAGAUAAUUGUAUUUUCGUGCUUAAAUAGUAUACGAAAAAUUAGAAAAUUAAUUUUAGGUGACAGAAAUACUAUAGUACAAUUAUCUUCCAUCUUAGGGAUAUUAUCAUCUAUAUCCUCUUUAAAAGUUCCCGAAAACUUUGAUCUUUUUCCCGUCAAUAUAUACUUUUGGUUUCCUAAAUCUGCUGAUUCAACAGCAGAUAUUCUCCAAGGUUUGGAAUACACCAUUACACAAGGUUGUGCCGAAUGGUUUGAACACAUACUAAAUAAUAAUUCACCUGAUACAGACUCGGAUGAAGACGCACUUAAGUAUCACAUAAAAAUAAUUCAACUAAUCAGAGCAGACUUACAAAAGGCUAUUGAUUAUUAUGAUAAAUUAUUUAUAAAGAGAAUUAAUGUUCCAUACGCAAGAAUAAUGUACAUUGCGUAUGAAAAGAGGAUCAGCGACAUGUGCAUAAUUAUCACAGAAGACGUGUGUGCCAGAUUGAAACGAAUUGAAGUUGAUAGCACUGACAACGCGGAAUUGAAUUUAGGCAGGACACUAUUCGAACUUUAUCUUACGCUUCAAAGAUACGCCACACUUGGGCAAACACUUUGUGCCGAAGGAGAGUUAGAAAAUAUGAAAAUACAAAAUUAUUAUAAAUGGUUCAGGAGUGGUGUCGCACAUUGGUUAGAAAUCGCAGUGUAUAAAGCACUUAAACGCAUCGAAAGAGCAGUUGAAAUUGAUACAUUAGAAGCAGUAGACAAUACUGUUGAUGACAAAUACAGUUCGAGCGCUGUAGAUACAUUAACUACAUUUUAUCAAAUCCAAGUUUUCUGGACGCAGCUAGCGUGGCCGGACGUUGAAGGUUCUUAUACGUUCUUAGCAAGAAUUAUUGAUGAUAUUUGCAAAUGUUCUAUGGCAUAUGCCGAUAGAAUGGCAGAAAAAGCGGAAAUAACAACGGAAUUAGAACAACUCUCGCAAAGUAGUCUUGAAAGAAGGUUUACAAUUUCAACGGCCUGGUGUUUUGCUAUUAAUAAUAUCGAUUUUAUCAAAACAGCAAUUGCACCAUUAGCUAGAGACUUGGGAUUGCAAAAUAUUGUAGAUGAUUUAAGAGAACACAAGACUCUGGAAGAGGCUGAUCGCUGUAGACAGACUCUUCAGCUUAUUAUUGAUAACGCCACAGAUACUGUGAAGAAUAAGAUCAUAGAGUUGUUGGAAGUUAUAGCUAACAAACUGGCUCCUGCAAUAACCAGAUAUCUUAUGGAGGGUGCUGAAUUAAUUGACACGACCAGCAACGCGAUGGAUCGUCUGCUACAGUAUUUGGACAGUAAUCUAAUAAUUCUGCAUGAUAAUCUCAACAAGGACAACUUUAACAGAGUUCUCCUAGUGAUUUGGGAAAUCGUGUCGCAAACGUUGUACGAGAUAGUUAAUACCAAUUUAGAGAAAAGACGACCACCAGCUUUUUACUCAAACUUGCAUAGAACUCUUCACACGCUUGUCCGAUUCUUUAAUCUCGGUGCCGACGAAAAAGCAAACGUGCAAGUUUUAGUAAAGAUUGAACGUCUCUUAGAAUUACAUGGACUUGAGACUGCCGAACUCAUACACCGUUAUCAUCAGGAACGUGUGGAGGAACAAAAGAAAAUGGAAGAACCUGUUUAUGGUCUUGUCAGCAUCAAAGCGUACUUCGUUGAUAAUUCGCUGAAUAUACAAAUUCUAAAUGCAAGAAAUCUUCAUUCUAGGGAUAGCAAUGGCAAUUUUAUAGGCAAGUGGUCUACUCUCGAGCGUAAACUGCAUUUAAAAUCUAAACAAAGAGUCAAAGAAGGGAAGACAAGUAAAUGCGAUCCCUACGUGAAGAUCAAAUUACUGCCUGAGGAAAAAUUUGCCGAAGUUAAACUGCCAAAGACGCAUGUACACAAAGAAACGCAGUUUCCCUUAUUUGACGAAACAUUUAACAUUCCUCUUACUCUAGAACAAAGAGCUUUAGAAAACGCUAUAGUGGCAUUUGAAGUAAAAGACAAGGAUUUUCUCAGAACAAGAUUUAUGGCUGAAGCUUUCCUACCAUUUAAUGAGAUUUCUGACACUGAACCGGAAACUAACUUCUCAAUUUUGGAUCAAAUUCAUUUAAAGCUUUCUCGUCCGAUCAAAAAAAAUACGGAUAUUAUUCAUGCAUUGGAGCAUCGAAAAGGAGACAAUCAAGCAAUGAACUUCAUUUCAAGACUUAAUACUAAAACAAAUUCUAAAUGAUCCACGUGGAGCUUUGACAUUGAUCUACGUUUGGAUAACUUUCGAAAAUAUUCAAUGCAAAAUAUUUUCACACAACUUAGUCUAUACAAAACAUGGCGUUUUUAAUAUACCUUAACGUUGCCUUAUCAAAAGUUGCUGUGAAUAUGUUUUAAUAAACAUACGUCAGUCAUCGCGUUAUUAUAAAUUCCACAAUGCGAUGCUCACAAAUGUCUUAAGGCUGUGUACAUGAUUAUUUUUAUAUCUUUGAGAGAGUUACUAAAUAUCGCAUUUCGAAACUUUCGAUAAACAAAACUAUAAGGCUGAGUAAGUGCUACUUAUAGAGAUAACUAUAACUGUUUAUUAUAAACAGAAAGGUAAUCAUAUUUAAUAAUUCUAUAUACUCAGAAAAUCUACAUACUCAAAGGUACUUUUGUAAUAUAAAUUAUAUAAUAUACAUAACUUAUACUUGCGAUAUAAUAGACGUAUGGAAAUAUCUUUUAUAUUAUAUAUGUUAAGUGACAUUGUAAUACACAGGAAAUAAAGUAUGUAUUUAAAUCUUAAUAAAAUUAAAUAAUUAAUAAU